GCUGCUCAGGAGGGGAGCAUGUCUGCAACUCGAGCCAAGAAAGUGAAGAUGGCCACCAAAUCGUGCCCCAAGUGCGACCAACAGAUUCCUGUUGCAUGUAAAUCAUGUCCCUGUGGGUACAUAUUUAUUAGCAGAAAACUACUAAAUGCAAAACAUUCAGAGAAAUCACCACCGUCUACAGAAAACAAGCACGAGGCCAAGAGGAGGCGAACAGAGAGAGUUAGGCGAGAGAAGAUAAAUUCUACAGUAAAUAAAGAUUAAGAAAACAGAAAGAGAUCUCGAAGUAACAGCCAUUCAGAUCAUAUCAGACGAGGAAGAGGAAGACCUAAAAGUUCAUCCGCCAAAAAACACGAGGAAGAGAGAGAAAAACAGGAAAAGGAAAUCGACAUCUAUGCUAACCUCUCUGAUGAGAAGGCUUUCGUGUUUUCAGUUGCCUUGGCAGAAAUAAAUAGAAAAAUUAUCAAUCAAAGACUUAUUCUCUGAUAUUUGUCUUCAAACUCUGUUGGUUGCCACUUUCUUCAGGAUUACAUCAG